AUUCGAGCAUUCAGUCCAGACAGGAAAUAAACGGACACAUAAACAGUGAUUUAACUCUGCCCGCGCGCCUCCAGGACAGAGGUAUAAAUGAAAGGUCGUCGCCGUAGAAACCUCCGUCACCCAUGAUUUCAACUCCCGAACCCGCGAUAUUUUCCUCGGUAUUUGCAAAAGUUACACGUGUUUCUCAGGAUGUCUGAUGUGAAUGUCUGUACGAGUAUGAGUGGAAAUCCACCUCCACCUGAAGUUAUGCAUCCCAAGAGGCCUGGUCGUGUAACCAAUCAGCUGCAGUAUCUGGAGAGAGUGGUGAUCAAAGCUUUAUGGAGGCAUCAGUAUUCGUGGCCUUUUCGCCAGCCAGUUGAUGCAGUGGCACUGUGCAUCCCUGAUUAUUAUAAACUCAUCAAAAAUCCAAUGGAUCUGGGCACUGUAAUGCAGCGUCUGAAGAACAGAUAUUACUGGGAGGCAGCUGAAUGCAUAAAAGACAUCAACACUAUGUUCACCAACUGUUAUGUGUACAACCGGCCUGGAGAUGACAUUGUUUUUAUGGCACAGACCCUGGAAAAGAUUUUCUUGCAAAAAGUCUCCCAAAUGCCGAAGGAAGAGAUCGUUGCUACUGUCCCCAAAGAUGAGCCUGAAAAAGAAGGUACUGUAAAACAGAGACCUGUUGUGUCGGAGGUCACUCUUCAGGAGACCUCAACCGUCCUCUCCAAUGGGGUUCAUCUCAACACUCCCACCCACCUCUGUGCACAAACCGAUUCAGCAUUAAAUAUCAAAAAAUGUUUAAAGAAGAAAAUGGUAUCAUCAGUGACUCCUGUGACUGCCGUCCUCACCAGAGCAGAUGACUCCUCAGCUGAAGAACAUUCAGCAUCUGUACCAGUGAUCUCCAGGACAGGCAGUGGAAGGCCCGUCAAGCCUCCUAAGAAAGACCUGGACAUGUUUGAGGACAAAAGGGUCAGAUUGACCGAGCAGCUCAGAAACUGCAACAACAUUCUUAAAGAGAUGCUUUCAAAGAGGCACUGUGCAUAUGCGUGGCCUUUUUAUACACCAGUGGAUGCAAUUGCUUUGGGUUUGCACGACUACCAUGAAAUUAUCAAGCAUCCUAUGGACCUCAGCACCAUCAAGAAAAAAAUGGACCAUCAGGGGUAUACAAAUGCAACAGAAUUUGCAGCUGAUGUCCGACUGAUGUUCUCAAACUGCUACAGAUACAAUCCUCCGUCACAUGGGGUGGUGUACAUGGCAAGAAAACUUCAGGAAGUUUUUGAAGCUCGUUACACGAAAAUUAGCCAAGAGCCAGAAGGUUAUGUCGCGUCUCGUCAGCCAGGGGACACUGGGAAAGCCAACAGAGUUGGAAGUCUGUCAACUUCAGCAAGUUCUGAUAGUGAAGGACCUUCUGAGCAGGAGAACUCAUCUGAGGAAGUGGACAUGCAGCUGGCUCAUCUAGAAGAGCGGUUGAAAGCUGUCGGUAACCAGCUUGCGAUACUGACACAGGAACCAAAAACAAAGAGGGCGAAAAAGAAAAAGGAAAAAAGACUGAAAGAAAAGGAUGUUGUUAAACUCAAAAACAAAAGUAGAAAAUCUAAAACAGGCAAAGAAAAAUCCACCAACACCAAAAGCUUGUCUUUACAUGGAGGGAGAGCUUCUUUUGGAGUACCUAUAGAGAAUGAGGUCAUAACCAAACCAGUGACUUACCAGGAGAAGAAGCAGCUAAAGUCUGACAUCAACAAGCUGCCUGGGGAUAAACUGGGCAAGUUGUUGAACAUCAUAAAAAGCAGAGAGUCCUAUUUGCAUGAGUCCAAUCUAGAAGAUGUUGUGAUCGACUUUGACCUGGUCAAGCCCUCCACACUCAGAGUCCUGCAGAGGUUUGUUGGAGAGUGUCUGAGGAAGAGAAGCAAGAGUGGAAAAGAAAAACAGCGUAAUCCCAAAGGAGUACAGAAACGCAGCCAAGUCAGGAAACCAGUGUCUGCCGCCAACUCUGUGGUUUGUUCUGUCUGUGAUGUCCUUCCAUGCCUCACUGACAGCAGUAGUUCUUCACACAGUUUCAGCUGCAGCAGCUGCAGUAGCAGCACAUCUUCAAGUUCCGCUGACAGCAGUUACUCUGACUCAGGCCCAACACCAAACAAGCAAAGUAUCAAAGGCUCCCACAAAAAAGUAACUCACACGGCCGUUGGUGAAACCAGCAGUUUGAAAACGGAGGCCAAGGGCUCAAUAAAAGCUUCAGUUGGAACGUCUCAGGAUAUUUCUUCCAGUCGGACCGCCGCAGCAGAAGAGUGCAGCUCUGGGCUCAACAGUCUAGACUUCAAGUAUGACCAACUGAUUCUGUCUCCUGCAGAUUUAUCGGCCCUUUUGUCUCCCAUGGCACCAUCACCUGAAAUUAUGCCGGAGUGGGCUUCUGCAAGAUUUGAGGCUCCAGUGCUGUCCCCCCUCAGAGACACCCCGUUCCACUCCAAAGAUGAAAUGGGUUGCAAUUUCAGAUACACUGAGGACGUUCCUGACAGUCCUUUGAGUGAGCCUCAUACUGGAAUUAACUCUGUGGAGGAGCAACCUCAAAUUCCUAAAAAGGACAUUUGUCUGAAAAAUGCUGAGUCAUGGGCGAAGCUGGUGAAGAUGUCAGUCACUCCAACUGCGAUCAAGUCUUCCAAAGAAACCUUCCAGCUCUUCCGUAAGGUGGCAAUGGAAAAGGAAGAGCGCGAGAAAGCACUGAAGAGGAAACUGAUGGACGAAGACGACAAGACGGAGACUUCUGAACAGAACAGCCUUUUGGGACUAUGCAAAGCAGAACCAGCUGUCCAGCCUGUUAAAGAGGGCCCCGAGGUGCUGCAGAAGAGCUGCUCAGGAGCCCGUCCAGAUGCUGUGAAGCAGCUCGAGCAGCAGAAGGUUCCCACUGAAAUACAGCCUUUGACCCCGUGGUCCUCUGCAGAAAGAGCAAGAGAAAUGGCCCGAAAGAAAGAGCAAGAACGUCGCAGGCAGGAGGCUAUGUCUGGUUUUGACAUGACCAUGCAGUGGGACAUCAUGACGUCAUUUGAGCUUACCUUGGAUUAAAAUGUAUCUGAAAUGUAUAUGUUUGACUUUUCUAUUUGGACUGCAGUCUGUACUGCAGGAGAAAGUUAGUAAAGUUCUUUCAGUUAUUGCACUUUGUUCAAUGUUCCGUUCUGGAUGUUAUAAUUGUUACGGUAUAGAUUCUUCAUUUGUGUGUUUUUGGUUUUUCAUUUUUAUGUAAAAAAGUAAUAAAUCUGCUUUUCACAACAUCACAUGCACAAUUAUCAGUAGAUGGAGUUGCAAAAAAUGAAAUAAAGUGGCCUCCAGAGCUUUAACAUCA